AUGUUCCCCCAGACUUCGAAGCCCGCAACUAGGGCCGCUGGGUCGUAUGGCCGCCGCCGUGCUGGAACUGCUUGCCAGGGGUUAAGCUCCACGAUUCUUCAAGAGCUCCGAGCGCGAGCCGAAGCCUACUUCCAGGCCGCUCAACGCCGAAUCGGUCUUCUCUACCACGACAACUCGAUCCUUGCCGUCCAGUGUAGCUUUUUGACGGCGGUUUACCUCAUGUCUACCAUGAGAAUUCUAGCCGCGUGGAAAUGCUUCGCCCAGACAGGCACGCAGUAUCUGGCGUGGAGAAUCCACCGUGUUCAAGACCAGGGCCCCGACGCCAUGAAUCAGCCUGUGCCGGGAAACGACGGCGAGGGAUACAUUGCGGAAAGCCUCUACUGGAGCUGCUUGAAAAGCGAGCUGUAA